UUUGCCUCGCGGAUCACGAGCUGGUUUCUGCCAUCACGCCAGCUAGCCGCCACACGGGUCCAAGAUAUUUGUCCUGCCGCCGCGCCGUUUCCAUCUUGAACCAUCAUUCGAGACGAAUUUGUGGCCCACCCGAGUAAGUUGAUGGCGUCGGACCGCGUCCAGCAAAACAUUUGCCCGAGCGUGAAGUCACCGCAUUACAAGCUCGGGAGCUUGAGGACGUGAAACGCCCUGUUGGCCCGGCCUCUUCAUUAGCAUUGCACUAUAUAAAAAGGCUUCUGCUUCUCUGAACGCCCAAGCACCGGCCAAGCACCGGCCAAAACUUCUCGACAUUUCAUUGCUGCGGCAGCUUCACACAAAUGCAAUUGGAAUUCGCUGACCAGACUGUCACAGGCAAGCAACCCCUUGAGAAUUUAUCAGCAGCACACUUCGACAGCUGCUACUAUGGACGCUGGUACUGGUGUUGCUGCCCAGUAUUUCCCCAACCCGACUGGACGCAACGUCCACGGCCACGCUCCGACUCACGCGGGUGCCGACCACGGCUUAGGCCAGAUGAUGAGCCAGUUUGCUGGACUCGGUCUUGGAGGCAUGGGGAUUCACAACAACUCGGCGCCUCUUCCUCUUGGCCCUGGACAUCUCAUGGUAGGAUCUGAUGGACAGUUUGUCCUGGCUCCCAUGCCAGCUGCUCAGCCGAUGGGAAUGAGCCACUCCCAGGAGCACCCUUACAAUAGCUACGGCAUGCCCGCCGGUGGCUAUGGCCCCCCUUAUGUUGGCCUCCCGAUGCCUCUCAUGCCCUACACUCCCGGUCGGGCCCAUGCGGCCCAGCCCCGUGUUGAGCGAGGCAACUCCGAUGUCCCCGGACUUGAGAACCGUCGUGGCUCUUACUCGACGACCGAGUCGACUCCAGCCACGCCAUUCUAUGGUGCCAUGUCUCAGCGAGACGGCCCUCGCGUUGCGAGCCUCGAUCGUUCCGCGUACACGACUCCGUCUCCUCAGCAGAUGGGUCUGACCUCUCUUCACGGAGAAGCCUCCAAGGCGGUCAUUCCUGCGAUUUCCGACAGCCACAUUGACGAUCUCCUGAAGAAGGAUCCAGCUAUUCCCCGUGCUGUCCCGGCUGUGUUCACCCCCCCUGGCCAGAUGAAGAGCCUUGAGCAGAGCCUCGAGAACCGCAUCCCCGGCAACCGCAACGUUUACAUUCGCGGCCUCCAUCCCACUACUGAUGAUCGACUGCUGUACGAGUUUGCCGCCCGCUUUGGAGCCGUGGAGACUUCCAAGGCAAUCAUCGACACCAAUACUGGGGCUUGCAAAGGAUUCGGCUUCGCCAAAUUUGUCAACGUUCUCGACUCGGAGUCAUGCAUCCGCGGCUUCCACCGCCUCGGCUACGAGGUUGGAUUUGCUCGUGAAUCAUUCAACUCGCGCCUCAAGGCCGAAGGCGACGAAUGUUCGACAAACCUCUACAUCUCGAACCUUCCGAAGAGCCUUACUGAGGUGGAGCUUGCUACCAUCUUUCUCGGAUACACAAUCCUGUCCAGCAAGAUCCUGCGUGACAGCAUGGGGAACAGCCGCGGUGUGGGCUUCGCCCGCUUCGAGUCUCGCGACGUUUGCGAUGAAGUUAUUCGCAAGUUCAACGGCGUCAGCAUCGGCGAGGAGGCGCUCCUCAUGAACAUUCGCUACGCCGACACUCCAGCUCAGAAGGAGCUGAAGCGUGUCACUGCGGAGCGCCGACAGUUCCGCACCAACGAAUACAACAUCGGCGCAUACGGCACCCCUCUGGUUGGGCUGAGCCCUACUCUGUACGGCCAGCAGUCCCAGUGGCGUCGCAACAUUCCCAUUUCGCGCAGUGCGAUCACGAUGUCGAAUGACGACAGCAACGCGUCGAGAAACUCGGGAGCCCGCCGUGGAUUGUCCGAGACGGUCUUGGGCUCGAGUUCGGACGCGAACGUUUCGACCCCCAACUCCUCGGAGUGUGAGGAGGGCGUCUCGAUUCCUGCGGAUCCAACCGUCGCUGCAGCCGUCGCUGACGAGAGUGUUCAAAUGACGUCGCCUUCUACCAAGAAGGAUUCGUCCAAGAAGGCGGCCGAGGAUGAGGCGAAGUAAAUGUCGUCCUGGCCAUCUUCACUUUUCCUUUGUCACCCCCAUGCCAUGCACUUUGUUUUUGCUGCAUUCAUUGGUA